AUGGAAAGUUUUUAUUGUAUCUUCUGCGCUAAAGAAGUCACUUCUCGUCAGGAAGCUCUGUUAUGUGAUGGCUGCGACAGGUGGCAACACCGGCGAUGCCAGACAGGCAUCACGAGGGAAGACUACAGGGCUGCAGUGCGAUCAGGAAAGGAGAUCGUUUGGACAUGCAUUUACUGUGCUGAUGAUGAUUCCAUACCCAUCGCUGAGAGUACAAGACUCGAUGACUUUGACAUUCCACCGUCACUUGAUACACCGUCCCAGCGAUCAACAGCGGAAUACGAUAGCCGAGAGAGCUUGGAGGACAACCGUAAGUUUCUUUUUUUUUCUUGUACUUGGUGUUUCCAUAAUGAAUUAUUAUGAUUAAUCAGUUAGUCUGUCUUUUCUCUUAAAAUCUUUCUAGUUCUCGCAAUAGUUCACCCUAAUCAUAAUCGCCCUUUUCUGUUUCUUUUUUUAUAAUUAAUGUGAUUUUUGCCGUUUAUUCCACAGAUAACGAUUGCCUCACCGAGUCUUCAAUUGCUGAGCCACUCCCAAGCCGCGACGUCAUUGCCCACCACCGGGCCUCAGUUACUUACCAUCUAGUGGAAGAGGGAACCAAACGCGGGAGAGCCAUGCUAGUCGAUAGCCUUGGAUUUACUUAUAACGUAAAUGCCAAGAGAUCCUACGCUACCUAUUGGCAGUGCACGGUCCGUCCAAAAGGCAACCCCUGUAAGGCCUCGGUAGCAGAAAGAGACGGAACAUUCCAAGCGGGAAGAAUUCCCAUAACCACUGGGGAAGUUGGCGCCGCAACCAUGAAAAGAUCGUCACUACGGUUAAAGCCAAAGCGCUGGAGAACAAGUUCAAGCCAGCUUCGGCGAUAG